CAGUCAGCCGAGGCACACCAGCACAAGACCCGAGGAAAGCAAGAAGAGGACGGAGUUGCAGCGCCCAAGGGUGAAAACGGGGAGCCAUGUCAGGCAUCAAUACUACCGAUGUCUUCUCGGUGGUCAUCUUCUUCAUCGCCUUCAGGGAAGCAAUGGAGGCUUCUCUCAUCAUUGGAACGUUGCUGGGAAUGAUGGAGUCUCUAGCUCGUGACCUUCUCCCAGACCGUGCUUCCUCUGCAACUUCGACGACAGUAGAAGGUGCCAACGUCUCUGAGCAUGCCGCUGCGGAUCUAGAGCAAGACCAGGAACGUAUCAAGGAGCGUAAAGUUCUGAUCAAGAAGCUUCGCAAGAUGAUUCUCUUCGGUGCAGCCACCGGUCUCGGUAUCGCAAUGGCCAUCGGUGCCGUUUUCCUCGCUAUCUUCUAUACACAGGCCAACGACUUGUACGCCAAGGCCGACGAAGCAUGGGAGUCUGCCUUCAACCUCGUCGCCAUGAUCCUCAUCACACCCAUGGCCCUGGCUCUUCUACGUGCUGAUCGUUCCAGGGGCAAAUGGCGCGCUAAGCUAGCAAAGGCCUUCGCCGGCAAGCUUACCGAACAGGAAGAAAAGGAUGACCCUUCUAGCGCUGCAGCCCACGCCGUCGGCGUCGACCCCACUGGCCACAAUUCGUCUUCGGCUGAUGACAAGACCGGCACGGACAAGAAGAGCAGCGACCCUUCUUCGCCCAAUGAGCAGCACGUUGCCGAGCUCGCCCAGUCGGGUAGCGUUGGCAGUGGUCUCUCCCAUUCUGUCAACACUCCCAAGCCAUCGCUCCGUCAACGCAUGGUCGCUUCUGUCAAGGCACCCUUUCUCAAGGCCAACCGAGGACGAACGACCCUCUUCACCAUCCCGCUCAUCACUACUCUACGUGAAGGUCUCGAAGGUGUCGUCUUCAUCGGCGGUGUUUCCCUAGGUCUCCCAGCUACGAGUAUUCCCCUUGCCGCCAUCGUGGGUCUCGCACUAGGAUUGUCGAUGGGCUUCAUCAUCUUCAAGGCUGGAGGCUUCUCCAAGAUCAGGUACUUCCUCCUCCUCUCCACCUGCCUCUUGCUCCUCAUCGCAGCAGGCAUGGCCUCCCGCUCCGUCUGGGGUAUCCAAUACUUCAUCUACGGUCGCAAAGUCGGGGAUGCAGCAGCCGAGGGCGGUUCCGGUCCAGGAUCCUACGAUGCCACAAACUACAUUUGGCACAUCGACUGCUGCAAUCCAAAUGAGAGCAGUGGUGGUAACGGUUGGGGAAUCCUCAAUUCACUAGUGGGAUGGAACAACACGGGUACAUUCGGAAGCAUCUUUGCGUACAUUGCGUACUGGUUUGUGGUUAUUGGGUAUAUGAUCUACUCCUUCUGGGUCGAGGGAAGGUUGGCAUUGGCUUACAAGUGGAAGGGAAAGAGGACGGCUCUUUGGGAGAGCAAAAAGUGCGCGGCAAAGAGGCAGCGUACGCAUGCCGCCUAGAGGAGAAGCACUAGAUGGCCACCCGAAGCGGAUAGGCAGAGGUGUAAUGGGUUCAACAUCGCCCCACACGAUUCCCUGUAAGAAUUUUCUCAUUCCCUUUCUUUCAUGUCACUCGCCUCUCUCUUACGUCGAAGAGCCCUUGCUCUCUCGACAAUGAAACAAUCAGUCACCUUUUCCUUUG